AGCCUGUAGCUCACCGGGACGAAAACCCCAGCCGGGCAGCUAUGCGGCACGUGCGGAGACCGUCCCGUGCCAGCCAUGCCUUGCCCUUGUUGCUCUUGGCCGCUGGCUCCGCCUUCCUAGCGCCACCACAUGUUGCACAGCGCGUGCAUUCCGCGGCAAACGUCGCGGAUGAGGUGCGCAGAGACCGUUUGUGGCCGGCGCCGUUGGCCUUGGCGCCAUCAUUGGUCGCGGCGCCGGCGCAUGCAGAGGAUGAUGUGCCUGGUGCGUUGGUGGCUUAUGGUCACUACCUGGCGCUCCUUUUGUCUGUCGCUUGCCUUGUGUCUGAGCGCUUGCUCGUGAAGCCGGGCCUCAGUGCUGACGAGGAGCAGAAACUCGUCCAGGUGGAUGCAGUCUACGGCCUAGCUGCAGUGCUCUUUUUGGGCACUGGAGUUUUGAGGGUGACCAGCUACGGGAAGGGCUGGGACUUCUACCAGCACGAACCCAUCUUCUGGCUGAAGAUGACAUUGGCUGCGGUGGCCGGUGCCAGCAGCUUCUUCGUCACGACCACCCUGGUGAAGCGAUAUUUGGCCAGGAAGGAGGACUCCUUUGCGCCGCUCAGCGAGAAGCUGACGCAGCGCCUGACCAGCGUGAUCAACGCUCAGCUUUUGGCCGUGUUUUCCAUCCCUUUAGCCGCCACCUUGAUGGCCCGCGGUGUGGGAUAUGUGGAAUGGCUGCCUUGGCAGGUGGGCGCUGCCCCACCCGUCUUGGCGCUGCUGGGCUUGGGCUACAAGUAUGUGAAGGAAGCAUUGGACUGGAGCGAGGAGGAAGCUUAACGGAAGCUGUCGUGCAACUGCGGAGCCGCAGUUGAGUCCAAAA